AUCACUGGAGUUUGCGCCCAGUGUGCUGAAGGUCACUUGCAACUUCCAAACUGGAUUUUCAAAAUAAGGGAAGACUUUUAUAAUUAGGAGGCUGGUGUGAUAAUUGAGCUGGAAGAACAGAAUUUGACUCAAAAAUGAAUGAAAGAUGCAUCUGUUCUGACCGGGCUGUCAUUGAGCACUGUGCAUCUUAGAGUAAUCUCCCUUUGAGGACUUGUCAGUGACUUUAGAACAGAAAGCGGGAAUGAGAGGGAGUUUAUUUCUGAUCCAUAAUCCUGCAAUAAAAUUUAAAAAGAAAAUCCCGAAUCUCAGUGGACAAACAAGGAGAAGGAGGAGAAGGAGUUGUGUAACGGAGGACGGAGUGAAGAAUUUGUGUUUCGGUGUCCGCAGCACCACAUCAGUGUAUUCUUAUAGCCCGGAGUUGGUGGUGAGUUUGCAGCAGGGUGGCAUAUCGUGCGUAUGGAGCGAGGAUAACCAUAUUCAAGUCCCUCAUGCUGCUGCUGCUGCUGAGGUGCCCUUGAGCCAAAAUCCCAACUGGGCUGACCCCUGACCCCGCCCCUGCGGGUGGCGAGAGAGAACACACUCACCCUGCAGUGUGGUGGAAAAAAAAAAAAAAAAAGUAAAAUAAAAAAAAAAAAGUGCGAGGAAGAAGUCCAAAUGUAAGGAAAGAUUUUAAAAAAGCAGCGGGUGAAUAAAGGGGUGUGCGCUGGUUGGUGUCGCUGGUGAUGUCACACCUCCCAGGCAACCACGAUUGGACCCUAAUUAGAAAGCUCGGCAGCAAAUAGAUAGGCGUCCUGCAUGAUUGAAUCCAAAGUGGCUGAUGCCAAAAAUUUCUGCAGAGGCGCGGAGAAAAAAAGAAAAAGAAAAAAAAAGAGAAGAAACUGUCAGAGAGGAGCAGAGGAGACGGGGCGCCGGGUAUCAGUGCUGCUGAGAGCUGCCACGCUGCGCUGCUAACAGUCCUCACCGCGAGCUGGAGGCGAGCUGGAGUUUUCAGAGGUGAUAUAGGAACAGCAAGACGCGCUCCCCCUGGUUUGGGGGGAUAGGAGGGGGGAAAAAGAGAGAGAGAGAGAGAGAGAGGGAGAGCCGAAAAUAUAGUCCCGAGUCUACGUCAAAGCCGGAGGACGCUGCGUUUAUCAGAGAGCAACGGAGGCUGAAGCGAGACAAGUACAAAGGAGAGUCGAGCCGCCGAGUCCAAGUUAUUCCUGCGCUGCGCUCCGGAGGCUGCGCUGAUGGCAUCCGUACUUGGAAACAGCAGCCGCGCGUCGGGGGCUCAGAGCGGCCAGGUCAAAUGCAAGCUGAAGCGGAGACGGAGGAGGCGGUCGAAGAGAAAAGAGAAAGUCAGUAUGCUGUCAGCAUUGAUCGCUCCUUUCAAGUACAUAAGCCCUGGGACCAGCAGCACAGAGGACGAGGACAGUUUAAGUACCAGCAGUGCAGAGGUAAAGGAAAACCGUAAUAUUGGUAACUUAGAGGAUCGCUCCAUCGGAUCUGCAGAGUGUCAGUCGCUGUUCUGCUCCGAUUCUGCAAGGAGUGGGAGCUCCGGCCUGAAGAGGAAACGGCCGCUGGAGGAAGACAACAACGGGCACUUGUGUCAGCUCCGCCUCAUCUAUAAGAAACUGUCCUGGUCUGAGGCGCCAAAGAAUGCCUUGGUGCAGCUCAAUGAGCUCCGGCCGGGCUUGCAGUACCGCAUGGUGUCGCAGACAGGCCCGGUCCAUGCUCCCGUCUUCUCCAUCGCCGUGGAGGUGAACGGGCUGACCUUCGAGGGCACGGGCCCCACAAAGAAGAAGGCUAAGAUGAGGGCUGCAGAGCUCGCCCUCAAGUCCUUCGUCCAGUUCCCUAAUGCUCCCCAGGCCCACCUGGCCAUGGGGAACAUCUCCAACCCUUCGGCUGACUUCACCUCAGAUCAGGCAGACUUCCCUGACACACUCUUCAAGGAAUUCGAGACUUCGUCGUGCUCCGAUGGCCUCUCGCUCUGUACCUCAGCAGCAGAGAGUGAGUUAUUAUCGAGUGAGCUACUGAGACACGGGCGGUUGCUUCGCCAUACCUUGGACCUGAUGGUGCAGGCUCAGCAGAGGCUGGGUGGGAUUGUUCCAGAGCCAGAUGCCCCCAAGAGCCCCGUAGCGUUGCUCAAUGAGCUCCGGCCGGGCCUGCGGUACGCCUGCCUUUCUGAGCGAGCUGAAGGCCGACGGCUGCGUAGCUUUGUGAUGGCGGUGCGCGUGGACGGGCGGAUAUUCGAGGGCUGCGGUCGCAGCAAGAAGCUGGCCAAGAACCAGGCAGCCCAGUGUGCCCUUCAGGCCCUCUUCAACAUCAGGACAGGCCCAGAGGGGAGGACAGGCCUCAAAGCCAGCAGGAAGAGCUGUCCUCAUUUACCCCAGGACUUUGCCGAUUCAAUAUUCCACUUGGUGAGGGAGAAGUACCGGUCGCUGGUGGGCGGCUGCGGUCCUGCGCACGCUCGACACAAAUCCCUGGCAGGCAUCGUAAUGACCCGAGGUCUGGACCUGAGGCACGCCCAGGUGGUGGCGUUAUCCACGGGGACCAAAUGCAUCAACGGGGAGUAUCUGAGUGACCAGGGACAAGUGGUCAAUGACUGUCACGCCGAGGUCACGGCCCGCAGAGCCCUGCUACGCUUCCUCUACUCUCAACUUGAACUUUUCUUGAGUAAAAGGCCAGAGGACUGGGAGGAGUCGAUAUUCGUGCGGCACAAGGAGUGCGGCUACAGGUUGAGAGACAACGUCCAUUUCCACAUGUACAUCAGCACGUCGCCGUGUGGGGACGGGAGGCUCAACUCGCCGUAUGAAAUCACCAGUGACUUACACAGCAGCAGACACCUCAUGAGAAAGCACCGCAGCCACCUUCGGACCAAAAUCGAGUCCGGCGAGGGGACGGUGCCCGUGCGAUGCCGGGGACCCGUCCAGACGUGGGACGGCGUCUUACAGGGGGAGCAGCUCAUCACCAUGUCCUGUACCGACAAGAUCACCAGAUGGAACAUCCUCGGCCUGCAGGGGGCGUUGCUGAGCCACUUCGUUGAGCCGGUGUACCUGCACAGCGUGACUGUCGGCAGCCUCCGCCACACGGGCCAUCUGGGCCGAGUGCUGAACCAGCGGCUGGAGCGGCUGGGCCCACUGCCCGCCACGCACCGACGCAACCAGCCCCUGCUCAGCGGGCUGAGCAGCGCCGAGUAUCAGCAGCAGGGGAAGGCCUCGUGUGUGAGCGUCAACUGGACGUUGGGCGACGCGCAGCUGGAGGUGGUCAACACGGCCACCGGACGGAGACGGGAGUCGGGGACGCCCUCGCGCCUGUGCAAGCACACCCUGUUCACCCGCUGGAACAGACUGUAUCGCAAGUUGGGGAUCCGCAUGUCCGGAUCGGCCGACCGCCAGCUCAUGUACUGCGAGGCCAAGAUGGCGGCGCGUCCCUACCAGACAGUGAAGCAGCAGUGGUUCAGAUCUCUGCAGGAAACGGGCCUCGGCACCUGGGUCAAGAAACCGCCCGAGCAGGAACAGUUCCUGCUGUCGGUCUGAGGACGAGUGUGCGUGCACGUGUGUGAGAGAGAGAGAGAAAGUGUGUGUGUGUGUUUAACCUUUAUUUUUGUAGGGUAGGAUGACUCCAUGAUCUUUACCAACACGCUGUUUCACACCUUCAUACCCGGGAGUUUCCCACCGCAACCCAUGCACACAUGUGUGUAUGUGUUUUUCUGUGUGUGUGUGUGUGUGUGCGUCAUUCCGGGUGUCACGCCAGUCCACCCGACAGAAAAGCGACAAGAGGAAGGUCGACCGGACGGCCUGAAAAGAAAACGGACACAAAAAGAUGGACUCCGUCUUUGAAAAAUACACACACGUUUAAGCAAACACACACCUUUAAAUGCCUCCCUCUUCGGCUGUCAAGGAAGGGUGGGGUAACCUUGAGCGGAAUGAAAGGCAGCCGCUAUCUUGUCAUCAGCUAUUUCCGGGCCCCAAGGCUCCCGCUGAGGAGUAGAGCCACGGGGGAGAGAGAGACGGAGAAAGAGAAAAGGGAAAGAGAGAGGGAGAGAGGUCCACGUCCAAUUACCAGCCCUGUCAGGGUGACGGGUGAUAGAGGAAGAGGAGGCGAUGGGGGGAAAAAAAGAGAGCGAGAAAAAGAGAAGGACACACACAUUUGCCGCCUCACCUUCCCUCCCCCCUCCCGUUUCCGUCUUCCUCCCCCCUUCUCUGACUCACCCUUUGACUCCUGACUUCCUUCUCCUUAUGUCUCCACCUCUCCCUCCUUCUUGCCCUCGUUCUGUUCUCCUCCCUCCUCCGCCUAUUCCCCUCUCCUCCUCCUUGUCACUCUCUCUUCCUUGCUUGCCUCUGCCGCUCCCUCCUCCUCCCCCUCGCCUUUCAAGCACGGCUGAGGUUAACACGACACGACGACAGGUUAAUACACCCUUUUUUUUUCUUUUUUUUUCUCCUCCUGUCCUCAACCCACUGGGUAGAGAGAGGCAGAAGGAUAGAGGGUGCGUAAACACAGCCAUUACGGCUUUGCGUAAGCGCAGGUGGAGGUGAUGAUGGAGGAACAGGAGUGGUUUCCUGUUUUGUUUUGUUUUUUCUCUCUCUCUCUCUCACAUUAAAUGUGUUUCCUGUCUCUUUUUCUUGUCUUUUCGACCCGGGCGACCUCAGCUCUCAGCCCGUCGCGGCCGGUUUGCAUACGUCCCAAUCGAAGCUUGACGCCGCCAACACGGGGCAAGUUCGGGUCGCGACUCAUCAGCGAGGCCUCAUUGACCCGAUUGACUUUGUCUUUCCCGCGGUCGUGAUGACCGCCCUGAACGGAUAAUGGUCGAGGUGAAGCAAAGUUUUGUAAGCCCUCGCCCCGCUUGCCGUCAUGACUGCGUUUGACGUCAGAGAAUUUUUUUGUUUUUGUUUUUUUUUUAUUUUCGAACCCCAUUUUUGUCACACUCAGACACAACCUUCACCGACAAAUCAGAGGUGGAACAUAGACACCGCCCGUCACCGUCCUGUACAUCUGUAGCUCGCACUAACUGUACGUCUACUCCAUGUAAACAAACACGCUGUGCGCCGAUACUCAUUGUGAUCAUGACUGCGUUGUUCUGUCGUUGCCGUGUUCUCCUCUAGGAUUUUUUUUUAUUUUUUCCCCAAACAUCCAAACUGCCACCAGCAUGGCUCAGUCAGCAGUAAAAUCUGAGUAGUGAGAGUGACAUCUAGUGGUGAUCUUCUGUUGUUGUCCCCGCCCCCCCGUGCAGCUUACAGCACGCCGCUCCAGUAUUUUCCUGCAUACAGUGUCAAAUCAGAUUGUUGAUGAGUAGGAUAAGACCAUCCACCGUGUGUGAGGGAGAUGUUCUGACACACGGGCAGAUUUACAGAGGGCACUGACCCGGGUGUGAACUGCCCCUGGACUCACAUUAAAUAGGCGGGUUUUUACUAGUCUAAGAUGCUGGCCUUUAAGUAUUGCUCAGUUUUGCGCUUCCAGAGCUGUACAUUUGAUAUUCUUUGAUCUGGGGCAUUUUUAAAGCCCCCUGAAUACGUGUUUUCAAAACUUAAGAGGUAUUGGUCACAGUAACAUAUUCCUGAUGUAAGAGGCAAAAAGUAAAAGUAUGAAAAGAAAACACAUUCUUUGUGUAAUCUCAGUGAUAUUUUUCGUGAUUUUCACAUUGAAAACCGAGACAGUGACUGGACAAAAUAUGAUUCCAUGCUGUCGUGCUUCAGAGGUUGCUAAAUUCUGAUUGGUUUACGAGCACCAUCCACUUUUAACCAGUAUGAGGAGCACAAAUGCAGAAAGCUCUCAUGUGAAAUAACCUUUUUUUGAAGGAGUUUUUUAUGUCAUGGCUGUUUCACUGUGAGAGAAAGUGUUUCUUAUUGUCCUGAAAUUGGCUAAAUGUAAAGCUGUAAAAUGCUAGCGGCCAGACACCUUUAUAGAUGCAGAUGUGCGACACACACGUAGCUGUAGAUGUGCCACACACACGUUCUUCUACGUUAGAAUGGCAUCUGGCCCUGACUUUCCGUGUGUCUAGCCAGUUUGUGGUAAUCUGAUAAGAUGCAGCUUUAUUUUGAGAAAAUCCCUGUGGAGACACACCACAUAUAUUAUGAUUCAGAUCAGAUCAUGCAAUUAAGAGUUACUUGAACUGAAUUCACUGCCAAACUAUAUUUCAUUGAUUGUUUAUAAAACCAGAGCUAAACAGAUGAUCUCAACAUAAGAAGGAAAAAAUGACAGUUAAAAAUAAAGAGUCUAAAAAAAGAUUCUGGCCACAAGAGCAGGUGCAGCUGAGCGACAUCAGCUCACGUAACAAGGCGGAAUACGGACCUCCACUCAUGUAACUUUCCCUAAUGUGUCUGCGAUUUUACCAAAUUACCAAAACCAAUUGGCACUUUGGAGGUCCGUUUUCAGGAACUCAUUUUGUCUCUCUGAUUUCUUUGUUUACACCUCGAAGCUAGUGCUGGAAAUCCUGCGUCGCCCCCCCACAGCGACAGAAAUCCCACUGCGUAAAUCUCACCUGCGUGCAUCAGAACAAAGAGUUAGUGUCGUGUCGUGUCGUUCAUCAGCGUGCGUCGCUAGCGUUCAUCAUCUGCUUACACCCCACUUGACGUGAUUUGUCGACACAGGAAACAACAUUCCUCACAUGUGUGUCAGAUUGGCUGCGUUAGCCAUGGAAACAGAUUUUAUUUUGAGAGAUAAUAAAUAUAAGGCAUGUCUGAAUGGCAAUAUUGUACCUAAGAGUGUACAUAAUGUAAAGAAAUGUAUAAAAGAUGUUGACGAAUAUGUGAAAGAGAUCCUCAAACGUCUAAUUAUGAUGUAAAUUAAAAGUAUAUGAAGAAUUGCUGCUAAGGUCUGUAAAUUGCACUUCAGUAACAAAUUAAAAAGUGAAUGUUUGUACUGUAUAUGUGAAUAAAACCACAAAAUCUUGUAAUUUUA